AUGUACAAGUUAUGUUUUUUUGUACCAGAGACACAUCUACUGACAGUAAAGAAAGCAUUGUUUGCAAUGGGUGCAGGUAAAAUAGGAAACUAUGAUUCUUGUUGCUUUGAAUUCAAAGGUCAAGGACAGUUUCGUGCAUUGCCCGGUGCAACACCUUUUAUAGGUAAAGAGAAUAUCAUUGAAGUUGUAGAAGAAUACAAAGUAGAAAUGGUAGUUGAAGAUUCACUUAUCAAACACGCUGUUCAAACACUCAAACUAUCUCAUCCCUAUGAAACAGUUGCAUACGAUGUCAUUAAACUAGAGGAAUUUUAA